AUGACGAAUUUUUUCUUAGUAAUCUUAAUUGUAUUGCAUUUUUUCGAGCACGUACAAACACAAUACUAUCCGUAUAAACAUUAUUCACGACAUCCAACGAGCGAAAAUAUUUAUGAUAAUGAAACAACCAAUGGGAAUGACGAUGAUAGUAAUAUGUGCCAUCUAACAAUACGAUGUCCUACUGUACCUAAUCUAUCUCCUUUUGAUCACGAUAGUCGUAAUCGUCGUUUUAGUGUUGAUAGCUUCUUAGCAAUGCAUGGAACACCGGGACCGCCUGGUAAGACUGGUCCACCAGGCAAUGCUGGACCACGAGGUGCUGUUGGACGUCAAGGUGAGAUGGGCCGAUCAAAACAAGUCGUACCAAUCGUAGCGUUUGUAGCUUAUCUUCAAAAGAUGCUUUCCAUCGAGUCCAAUCGUUCAGAACCUAUUAUUUUCGAGAAAACUGAUAUUAAUGAAGGCAAUUGUUACAAUCAAGCAACAGGUAUAUUUACUGCUGCUUAUCGCGGUAUCUAUAAAUUCAGCAUUACAAUUAUGGCACAAAUGGAUUCAAUUGCUACUGUACGUAUUUUACAUAAUAGAAAUAAUGUACUUGGUAUGAUUCGAUGUGAUUGUCGACGGCGUUUUUCACAUGUUCGAGCAUCGGUCUAUGCUGAGCUAGAUGUUAAUGAUCAGAUCGUGGCCGAAGCUCUUGGUGAUCCAAAUGAUUCAGGACAAACGGCUCCUCGGAAUAAUAUAUACGGUUAUACAUAUACACAUUUUAGUGGUGUACUUGUAUUUUUAACAGAUAAUCUAUCGCCCGUUUGA